GUGGAUCAAGGUUCAAGGGCAUCAUACUGAUUACUGAUCGAUGGGGAUGGAUUCAGCGACCGCCGACCGCUUCGACGCCAGUGAGCUGGAGCAUAUCACGGGAGCCGGUUCUUCUGCAGCGAUGAUUGACUGGUAUGUUUAUAUGCGUCCGACUCAUGUAUGUAGAUUCUAUCUGCGGCAGCGCUAUAUAGGCACAUUCCACAGCAUAUGUAGGCUGAUUUCUCUAUAUGAAUCAAUGUCACAGGGACAACGAGGAGCACCGCCGCUGCAUCGCCGCCUGCCUCGUCAAAGGCACUUACGUCCUUGAGAGCGACAGAGCUAUGGGCAGGACCGGGACGGCGGCGCUCGCGCCGGCAUGGUGGGAGAGCUUUCACUUCCGUCUCAAGGAGGAACUCGUGGAUGACGUGCUGGGCGCCGACUCCAUAUUCGGUGCCGUCCUCGACUCCAUAUUCGGUGCCGUCUUCGAGUUGGAGUACGUGCCCGCACACUCAUCCGCUCCUCGGUAUGUUGUCGCCUUCAGGGGCACCAUGCCGGAUAACCCCUGCUGGACGGUGGUGAUUCGAGACUACUACCAUAACUUGAAAGUACUGACCAACAAACUGAAAAAACGCACGCGCUGCCAGCUACCGUGCAGGGUGGUCGACGAACUUAUGAGGGAGGAGGACCAAGCAAGCCAAGGCCAAGACGGCUGCAUCUGGCUCGCCGGGCACUCUCUCGGAGCGUCUGUGGCGCUGGUCGUGGGACGGUACAUGAUGGAGCAGAAGAAGCCGUUCAACCUCCCGACCUUCCUCUUCAAUCCACCGCACGUGGCAUUUAUAACGUCGAUCAACUUCCUGAACCUGGAUCCGGUGGCCAAGAGGCGCCUGCACUUGGCGAGUGUUGGGCUAAGUCCCUCCACAUGAAGGUGUGUUGGCAGCCCAACAUCAGCCCACACAAGUCCAACACAUAUAAACCGUUGAUCUGUUCUGCAUCCAACGGUUGUGAGUGUUUCCUGGUGAAGGGAGCAAGGAGAAAACCCUAGCCACUCCACCCCUUGCUGGUGGUGGCU